GAACAGACCAUGUUUAAGAAAGCCUCCGAGCUUUCAAUCUUGUGCGAUAUCGAAGUCCGUGACAGAGAACUCGUCAAGACAUGGCCGGAAUAUCAAUCCAAGGUUCGAGACAUGGCAGAAAGAUUCAGCAAAUUAAACAAUAGAGAGCGACGCAAGAAAAGCACAAACCUUUCUCUGUUUCUGAAUAAGAAGACCCUAAAAAACAAGAAGACAUCUUUUAAUAUCAAGGACAACAAAUUCUCUGAAAAAGUAUUGGAGAUGGAGGCUUCGUUAGAGAGUGCUCUACGGGUGUUACAAGAUAAGCUUCUUCGGUUACAGAACCAGACAGAACCCGAUCAGAACCCUGUGGUGUCUUCCGCCGGUUUCUUCACAACAGAUCCAUCAUUGAUGAGCGGAACAGUACAAGACCUAUAG